AGAGCUCUGGACAUAAAGCCUGUUGUGUGUUUGCUGGGAGCUGCGGGGCGGCAGCUCUGCGUUUUCUCCUGCUUUUACCCAGUGCUGCACUUGGGGUGCUCCUUUGUUUACAUCCGACCGGCUACAUGAGUACACGUGCACAGGGCGCAGGGGUACGUGCUAACAGGGUAGGCUGUCAGAUAUAAGCAGACAACUGAAAACACUCAGACGUACGUGCGUCGGCCUCUGUGACCCUUCUCCUUGGACUGACCUGUGUGCAUGAGUGUCCCUGUUUUGAUUGGCGUUUGGGGUAAUGUACAGCGGCUACCACGACCGCGAGGAGUUGGAGGAUGAUCUCUAUCAGGAGGAUGACGCCUCGGAAGCGUCGGAUGCCAACAGUGAGCUGGAGUUCCACCUCUACAGCCAGCUCCACUACUCCUCAAACGCUGGGGAGAUGGUGGAGCUGGAGGCAGGAGAAGAGGAAGACUUGGACACGUGGGAAAGUCAGCAAGCUGAUGUGCUUGAGAAGACCACGGAUGGAGACCCAGAACAGAAAAGUACAAAACAGAGUAAACCCACCUCUAGUAAUGACCACUUAAACACGAAGAAGGUUACAAAAAAGAAGAAAGGCAAAAUUAAAGUAAAAGGUCAGAAGUUGUCGUCAUCACACUUUGAAGAGGUUAUUGUGAUUCCCUCCAGUCCCGGCAUCAUCUCCAUCUCUGACAAUGACUCCGCCAAUUAUGACGACAAUGUCGGUGUUUGUGCACUGAAGGGUCAACGUUCACGCCUGCGGCAGACCUCCACCCCUGCUCAACAGCUAUCCCAGAAAAGAAAAAGGAGUCCCUUUGUUCCAGUGGUGGUGCUGUCCAGCACCUCAGACUCCUCUGGAUCCCAGUCGGAAUCUGAACCGUCGGAUUCAUCGGACUCGACCGACGUGGACGACCUGGAGAACUGGAUGAUCCUGGGUCAAGGGAGGCAGGACGGGGACCAGUCCAUCUCGCUCAAUGUGGAAGGAGGGUCCUACGACAGCGGCACAGAAGCUGACGAAAGAGGAGCAACAAGGUGGAUUGUUUCAGAGAAAGAUAAGGAGGCUCAGAUCUAUAACAAAGGCCAGGGUCCCCGGAUAGCAGUGCCGCGUUUGCCUCACAGGUACUACACUGGGAAGAACGUCCAGUGCAGAAACUGCAACAAGACGGGACAUCUCUCUAAGAACUGUCCCGACCCCAGAAAGUUGACGGCUUGCUUUCUUUGCGGGACAACGGGUCACCAGGCCAGCCAGUGUCCCAACAAGCACUGCAACAACUGUGGCCAGCCUGGGCACCUCUUUAACUCCUGCAACGAGAAAGCUUAUUGGCACAAGCAGUGCCAUCGCUGCAGCAUGAGGGGACACUUCUUUGAUGCUUGUCCAGAGAUCUGGAGACAAUACCACAUCACAACUAAAAAAGGUGCUCCUGUGAAGCAGCAGGGAGACGACAGCGGUCAGUCUCCCGUCUACUGCUACAACUGUUCCAAGAAAGGACACUAUGGUUAUGAAUGCACACAGCAGAGGAUGUUCAGCGGGGUUUUUCCCACCUACCCGUUCGUCAAUUACUAUGACACAUUGGAGGACAUAAGCCGCAGACAGCACAAAAUCAGGCUGAAGGUUAAAGCUUUAGCAGAAAAAGGCCGUCUGUCUGCUGCAUCUCCAGCACCUCCAACACCCGGACCACCGAAGAAGAAACAAAAGGUCAACCACCACAAAGACAGCCCCCACCAGAAGCUUAGGAUCCACCAAAUCCCAAACAACUACAGCCCACGUCCAAGUCACAUCAUCUUUAACGACGAUGACUUUAACGACGUUACACCCAAAACAAAGACUGCUAAACGGCCUCAAAAUGGUGGCAGUUCAAAACCAUGGAAGCCUAAAAGACCCGUACCCACCACAAGAGAUGCGCCGCCAGUGAGUAAACUGGUUGUCGAUGAAGCAGAUGACUUUCCCAGAGGGGGAGGGCCUCAGCAAGACAAGGAGCAGAAAAUGAAAAGGAGGAGGAAGCAUAGAACAAAUAAGGUUGAUUUAUCGAUGGCAGAGGGGCAGAGGGACUGGAGUCCUGACCGUUUUUGCAGCACUGGAGGAGAGUGGAGCCGAGGCCCGAAAUCAAAGAAUCAGUCCGGAGAGAAGAAAAAACGAAGGAAACGUGCGCACAAGGGCGCUAAUAAACAAGCGGCUCGACUUGUGGAUCAAGAGGAGGAUAAUUUGUUUCUCAUUAAACAGCGAAAACGCAGCAGAUAGCAGCAGGGCGGGCUAGGUUGCAGGUUGCAUCAGCGAGGAUGUGUAGGAAUAUUUAGUUAUUGAGUUUUAAAGCAUCACAACUGAAGUCAGAAUUAUGACUUUCAACGCCUUACUGGGACAUUUCACAAUUAACAUUUGGACAUGCUCGCAACAAAGGCUGUAAGGAGCUGCAUUACAGAAACCUGAUUCCACUUGACCUCCAUUUUCAUCAUUGUAGCUCACUGAAAUCUGAUCAGAACAUCUACGUAUUUUGGCCAGCACAGUAUUAGUUAAAUAUGGAAUUGGGAUGUUAUGGUUAGAUGCUGUAAUACCGAUAUUGGUUGCAAACAUCCUACAGUUUCCUCACGCUUUUCUUUUCUAAUCAUCACAAUGCGGCCGCCACUCUCAGUGAGCUAUAGCAUCACUAAAAUAUAUAAAAGGUGUGAGAGCAGAAGACGGCAUGCAACCAGUUUAAAAAUAUGAAUAAAAUAGCUCAAAUACUGCAUCCAAGCAGUCCAUUGCAACAGUAACAUUGUACAUGUGAAAGAGUACAGUAACAACUGCAGUUUAAUAUAUUGUGUGGCUGUAUACAUUUAACAUCAAUUCUACUGCUUAUAAUCAGCUCUAAACUGUCUGACCUUUUUAUGUUUUUAACAAUUUCUUCAGGUUUUCAGUUUCACACCGGAUUAAAUCAAAGCUCCCAAGCAGCAGAUGUUGCUGUAAAUAUUCAAACUGUUGGUGAAGCGGUCGUUUUGUGUGAUCGGUCCAGUUGGACGGUUCAUAAACCGCGUUGUGGGUCACAGUUAGUUGCUUGUGACGGUUAUAAAUAAGCUGGAAGGGAUGCGUGUGUUGAUGUGGUUAGGGUCACAGUAAACGUUCCCGUUUGUUUCCGCAGUGUAAAGUUACUUCCUGGUCCCAUCUGUGACGGAAGCGCAGCAAGAUCUGCCGCUCUAAACAAAGCUGUGAUAUUUUCCCCUUUUUUUUUUUUCUCUUGGAGAUAAAGGAGAGAGAAAAAAAUACUUUUUUUAAAAACACGCUUUGGAAACAACUUUUUAUUCUGACUUUAAAACAUACAUUUUAUUGCCAGUUUAAUUGUUUAUCCAAAAUGGAUGGUCAGACUGUUUUGUCUAAGGGUGGAUAGUUCCUGUAGCCGGUGUGGCGGCACGAGCCCCAGCCCUCUGUGUGACGCGUGGCUCCAACGCCGACCUGCAGACAGCCACUGAACACCUGCUGGAUUACAUGAAUCACCGACAUCUCUGAUUGUGUAACCUUGUUCAUUUAAAUUAUGUUGUGCAAAGUUUUGUUUUGUUUUUCAUGUGCCUCUGGUAAAAUCUCGCUUAAAAGUCUUGCAAACAAAAAAAUUAAAUAUUAACGCUGUAUUAACACAGAUUAAAAGUGACGGAAAUCUGUGAAAAUUGUUUUAUGAUAAAGGCCGAUCUAUACAAUUUCUGUAAUGGUUCUAACUAUUAUUAUAUUAGCUGCUGGCUGUUAUAGGAGACACUGCAGAGUGAGACUUGGGACGCUGUGGAGGCCGGAGGUCGUUGUCGCUCACAGGGAAGCUUGUCACAAAGAUCUAUGUUAUUUCUAACACCAAGAAUAAAAACCUGGGAUUUAGUCAAUUUUGUGUAACAUUAAUUUCUGUGCCAAAUUUCAGUACAUGCUCACACACUUUUAGCUGAAAAUACUUCUUUGAUAGUAAUGUGUGUAUAAAAAAACAACAACUGGAUUUUACAUUUUAUCAGGUAUUUUCUUUCUACUGAUUGAUUUAUCUGAAGUGGUAAACUUGUGAAAGGAUAAUAUUGCUCUGGUUUAAUCAGUCAGGCUUUAAAGUCUUCUUAUAUAUAUCUUAGGAAGGAAUAAGAAGGAAACAAAUCUAACAGUAAGUGGGAGACGCCUCUACCUUCAGGUGAUCCUCUGCAGUAGGCAUGUCUUUUAGCUUAUAACCUGAUCAUCCCACUGUAAACCCAGAUAUACGACUUUCUUUGCAUCAAACCGUUUAUCUUUUGUACUUUUCUGUGAUUCCUUUUUUUUCUUUCUGUAAUAUAUUUUCCAAUAGGUUGCAAGUAAAAUCCCAUAAAGAUCACAUUUAAAACGG